UAUUCCAGUUGUUAUCUUCAUCAUCUCAUGGUGUUUUCUUCUUUACCUUCUUAAAGAAAAAUCCUUGCCCUUAAAUCUCAAAUACUACCUUCUUAUCCUGAAAGGGUGAUAAGUCUUUAAUUAAAUUUUCAACAGUAAAUUCAUUGGUGUAACCCGAUAAUAAUGAUACUGACAAACAGAGUGGAAACCUGCAUAUUCACUAUGUUUAACCUUUACAAUAAAUGGUUAUUCACUAACUAAUGAACAGCCUUUAAAACCAAAUAUUCUCCCAAGUAAGAAAUGAGUAACCAAAUUUGCACCUAUGAGUAGGCGUUGUGGCAGUGUGGUGAAGAAAUUGAGAGAAUUCAUUCACCGCACCUGGAUUUAUCAGUGGCUUUCAUCAGGGCUCGGGUUUGAUGCUUGCCCCGUUUCUACUUCUCUUUUCUCUGUCUUUUUCAGUAGUUAUAAAUGGAUCAGAAGGACGGAAACGUUUUCAAGAUCUUGAUUUGGAACAGGUCAGGAUUCUGAACAAGCCCUUUCUCAAGAGCAUUAAGACUGAAGGGGGUCAUUCUUUCGACUGUCUUGAUAUCCAUAAACAACCAGACUUUGAUCAUCCUUUGCUUAAGAGCCACCAAAUUCAGAUGAAACCAAGUUCCUCCCAAGAGGGAUUAAUUAGUGCAAAUUCUCCAUCCAAGUCAUUGGAAACUCCAAUGUUGAAGAAUGGAGGGUGCCCAUCUGGGACAGUUCCAAUCAGAAGGGCCAACAAAGGGGAAUUGAUAAGGGCUAAACUGUUUAAGAAAAGGCACAUGACAGACAUUCAUCCAACAGCUUCUAAUUCUCCUGGUUUCCAUGCAAUACUUCUUUCUUUUCCCCUUCAUAACAUUGUCAAGAAUGCAAUAAGAAUGCUAGCAAAUGAUCUAAGAAGGAAAUAUUUGGGAGCUGGUGGAUUGAUCAAUGUACAAAACCCAUCGGUUUCAAACACGCAAUUCAGCGAAGCUUUUGUGAGGAUUCAAAGCAGCUCAGCCGACCAAAUUGAAAGCAUUCAAGCAGGAUGGAUGGUAAAUCCAUCGUUAGAUGGCGAUAAUCUCACUCCACUUUGUGCUCAAUGGACUGCCAAUAAACAAGGUUGUUACAAUACACUUUGCCCGGGUUUUGUGCAACUUAGCAAGGAUAUCCCUCUUGGUUCAUUUUUCUUGCCCUCUGUCCAUGGAGGAAAGCAAAAUGAUUUUACUUGUAAUAUUUUCAAGGAUCCAAAAUCAGGGAAUUGGUGGCUUUCAUUUGGUGACGAUGAUCAAAUUGGGUACUGGCCAAUGAAGCUAGCCCUCCCAUGGGAAGUGGCCAGUUUGCCCGUACAAGGCAUGACUAAGGCAGCCUACAUAAAAGAGCUUCAAAUUGCAGAUGAAUCCUGCAAAAGAGGGCCUCCUGAUCCAAAAUCACUUAAGUUUAUCACAGAUAAACCCAGUUGUUAUGACACAGCUCCCAUUAAUGGAGAUGCUAAUGGCUUCUUUUACGGGGGUCCUGGGGGAAAUUGCAAACAUAAACUCAAUGCAUAUUCAAGGAUAUGUAUAUCUUAG